AUGAAUCACGAUACAUCUCCAACUCUAUCACAAAAGCCCUGCGCGAAUUGCCGGAGAAGAAAGAUUGCAUGUGACAGGCAUCUGCCAACCUGCAACACUUGCUCAAGGAGGAAGCAGCAGUGUGAGGGCUACUCAAAGACGCUCUCCUGGCCGGGAACACAUGAUCGGCGGCGGGCACUGAAAGCCGACAUCCCGGCUAGGAACAUCCCUGAACCUCUCUUCUUUCUCAAUACUUCAAGCAGGGAUGUUGCUGUGUACUAUGGAUCUCUGGUAACCCGUCUUGGACUAUACUCGCCAAUGCAUGUACCAAAGCCGCUACCUGGGCCUACCCUUGGAACAUCUUUAACCCAUAAUGAAUACACGUUCGCUCUUCAGGUAGUGACCUCCCAUGGGGACCUUCGGCGAGACAUAUGCAAUCUCCUAUAUCGCAUGGCUAUUUCCGACGAUGCCGCCCCAUCUCUGGCUGUUCGAAGUUCAAUGAAUGCAAUAUCUUAUUAUUCCUUGAAUCAGAUUUCAAUAUCGAAACAUCACCAAUUCAAAGCUAUUUCCGCUCUGCGGGAGGCAAUUACUCAAAUAACCGACUACAAGUCGAGGGCACAAGCUAUAGCAGCAAGUAUGCUUCUGAGCAUGUAUGAGAUUUUAACUCAGCCGAAUGACUUGCACGACAUGAUGCAAAGAUGGACUGUCUACUUCAACGGCUGUAUUAUGAUCUUCCAAUCUCCCAACUUUUCUAUAAACAACUAUGAUGGCGAGGCAGAAACAUUACUGGACUGGGUAUCAUACUACUCUGUAUUCUUCAAAAUGUGUAUCAUUCACUGGUUUCAAAGGCAGAGCAGCAGCCAAGGGGUCCUAAAUCAUGAGACCACACUGUCCUGGGCCAUACUUCAACCCCGUUCCAGCCUGAUCAAGAGCUCAUUCGGCUGCUCUUUAGGGAUGCUUCGACUUCUCCACCGAUCUAUAGAGUUGGCUUGCUCCCGCAAUGAAAGUGAAGACCUUAGCCACAGUCAUGAAAUAUUGGCAGCGGCAAACGACCUUGAGCAUGAGAUUGACACUUGCCAACAGCUUGUUUGCGAUACUGUCGACAAGAUUGGUGACGACGGGCCAGGAACUUGGAAGCACUACUCAGCAGUUGCGCGAUUAUUUCAACUCUCCGCCCUCAUUUAUUUAGACCGGGUAGUGCGAGGACUACCUGCUUCCUCUCUUCUGUCUCAACAGUCGGCUAAGGAGGCAUUUGUUAUAAUGCAAGACCUGAAAAUAUGUGAACGACCAUUCCCGCUUCUUAUGCUCUCAUUGCAAGCGCAAGACGACGACGAGAGGCGGAUAAUACUGACUGUGCUUGAGAAUGCCACCAGACAGAGAGAGCUCGGUGAUCUAACCAUGACUGAAAGUGUGGUGCGGACCAUAUGGGCCCAGCAAGACUUGCAAGACGACCCCGACGUUGACGGGCUUGUCAUCCUUAACCUCGCCUUCAGGGCGUAUGAGAAACCACCGUGCUUGAGUUUCCAUAGUUGGACUUCUACCAAUAACAGGUUUUAA